AUGCCUAAAAAACUGGCUGGGCUCGCCGGGGGUCGCGGCAUUGCGGGCACCAAGGCUGGAGAGGGAGCGGUCCCGCCGUCCCUGGCAGCCUCUCCCUCACGCCUGUGCCGCGGCCUGUCCCUCGGGCACUGCCGCGGGCCCGCCCCGCCGGCGCUGCCCUGGGGCGCCGAGGGCCGGGCGGUGCCGGGCGGAGCCGGGCGGUGCCGGGCGGUGCCGGGCUGUCGGUGGUGCCCUCAGGCCGGGCCGGGCCGGGCCGUGAGCUCGGCCCCGAAGGUUCGGGGGUUCCGGGGAGCGCGGGGCGGGGCCGCCCUGGGGGACCCGGCUUCCCGCUCCCUCCGCCGGUCCCCCCUUGUUCCGCUGGGAGUAACUGUCUUGUAGGUAAUGGCUGCUGCCUCUGAGGCUGCGAACUCUGAGGGGAAACAGCUUCCUAAUAGGACAGAAACUGCGGUCUGGAAACCCAGGAAAGAAUGUUUGCUGCAGAAUAUUCCACAUAUUCCUGAUGGCAAGUCUGAAGAAAGUGAAUCUGUUUCUACCUCUCCCAAUGAAGGUGAUGCCAGUGGCUCUACUGAUGAGGGCUGGUGCAAUAUAUAUGCUGACCUGGAUGUGUGGGAUAGUGAAGUUUCCAAUAUACCUGAGUCUUCAGGGCAGCAAGAUGCAUCUGCCCAUGAGGUGGAGGACUGGGAUAAAGAAUUAGAGGAAUCUGCUUGUAGUCCUUAUGAUGCUGAAGAUUUCUCCUGUGGAAGUUUUGAGGAAAAUAAUCUUUUCGGCUCAUAUAUGUGGAAGGAGGAUUGGUUUUACAAGCCAGGCUGUCACCACACACCUUGCUUUGUUUUUCCACCGAGAGUUAGAACAGUUGAGAAGGGCCAGUUUGAUGAUGCUGAUGAAUGA